UCCAAAGAAGAACACAUGCGGCUCACGCCCUCUAUAGUCCCACAUUCGCUCGACUUCGAAGUCAAAGAUUCUUCGUUUUUCAAGAAAUGGGAACAACUGCCCUCCCCGAAAGAAAUACGGGCACAACCGAAAGGCAACAUCGCGCCGGAGUGUAUCCUGACCCAAGGAAAGUCCACUUCACGACUGGCCCGCUUAGGAGCUAUUACCCACCGCCUGUCAUCUUCGAGGAGUUAAACCUAUUCAUGAAAUGGGAAUCUAGAAUUCAUAUCUCGGAAGCGCAAUGCAAUGCCUGUAUGCUAUUCGUCGAUGUCUGCAUGGCGAUGUGCCUGUUCCCGAGGUGUAUGGAUGGCAGACCGAUGGCGACGCAGGAAUGGUCUACCACCUAUCUGCCAACGAUUCUAGACCUGUGCAG